AUCAUUGUUGUAUGCCCUUUACAACAAAACAAAACGUUAUUUUUUUACGGAAUGGUAGAUAUAAUUUCUAUAUAACGUAAGAUUCUUAUUAAAAAGAAAUCAUGUCAGGAAGUACUCCACACACGGAGAAAGAAUUAGAUUUAAGUAAUGCUGGUAGAGGUGUGUGGCUCGUCAAAGUACCUAAAUACAUAGCGAAUAAAUGGGAAAAAGCACCUGGUAAUAUAGAAGUUGGAAAAUUGAAAAUAACAAAGAAUCCUGGACAAAAGGCAGAAGUAUCUCUGAAAUUGUCUGAAGCUGUGUUAGCAUUAAAAGAACCGGGAGAGGAAGAGAUCCCAAAACAACAUAGGUUAGAUGUUACAACAGUAACAAAACAAAUGUUAGGUGUAUUUUCUCAUGUUACCCCAUCUACUAGUUCAGAUUCUAUUGUUCCUGAAACCGAGAAACUUUAUAUGGAAGGAAGAAUUGUACAAAAAUUGGAAUGUCGACCAUAUGCUGAUAACUGUUAUAUGAAGUUGAAACUACAAAGUAUUAAGAGAGCUUCUGUGCCACAAAGACAAGUUCAGCAAUUAGAUAGGGUAGUGCAAAAUUAUAAGCCUGUUUCUGAUCACAAACAUAAUAUUGAAUAUGCAGAGAAGAAGAAGGCUGAGGGUAAAAAGAUGAGAGAUGACAAGGACACAGUAUUAGAUAUGUUGUUUGCUGCCUUCGAGAAACAUCAGUAUUAUAAUAUAAGAGAUCUUGUGAAAAUUACCAGACAACCAAUUGUGUACUUGAAAGAAAUACUGAAUGAAGUUUGUAAUUAUAAUCUGAAGAACCCUCAUAGAAAUAUGUGGGAAUUGAAGCCAGAGUACAGACAUUAUAAAGAAGAAGAAAAAUCCUCUGAAAAUGCUCAGAAAAAGGAUGAUGAAUCAGACGACGAUUAAUUUAUG